CUGCCUGACUUUUUAAAACAUGUCAUGAAACUCACUGGACUGAGGAAGGAAGAUGUUUACAGCAAUCUCCGUGUCCCUAACCAGUUUCAGACAGCCAAAGACGACAUCAACAUUCUUAUCCUCACAGGCCAAGGAGUCUUCUGCAUAGAUGUGAAACCCUGGAGAGGAACAGUGUCUGCUCGCAAUCAAAACUGGCAUGUGCAAGUGAAAGAAGAAGAGCAGAAUUUUUUCAAUACCCGCAUUGAGCAAAUGGAAGAUCCAUUCAAAGCUAUCAUGACUAAAACGACUAAUUUAUGUAGCUAUUUGAAGAGGAACGGAGCUCCUGUGCACCAAAGUCUCUUCUUCCCUCGGGUCGUCUUCCUCUCCCCAGACUGCAGGCUGGAUGAGGAGCUAAUGAAGAGGAGGGAGCUGGUCUCCCAAAACCAGAUAGAUGACUUCCUCAGAUCUUUCAAGGAGGACUAUAUGGCCUGGAUAACAGAUGCUUUGACUCCCUCCUGGAUCUCAGGUCAUCUGUCAUACAAGCAGAUGGAGUCAGUGCGGGAGGUCCUGCGGAGGGUGGGAACGUGGGAUCUGGUGCGUUUGCGCUGUGGCGAGCAGCUGAAAGGAGACUACCGGGGCUGCCAGUACAUCGCACUCAACCGCCAGGAGACCAGCACGCUGGAGUUUUCCAGGAUCAGUGCCCUGUCUGCUGAGUCACUGUGGGCCCUGCUGGGACACGCCCCUCAGGUAACUGUUAAAAUGUAUAAACGUGGCAUUCAAGGCUGGCUGGGAAAAUCCCUGAACGCCACUACGACAAUCCCCUCCAACACCUUUGUGAUCUUCAGAAUCAGCGGGGAAGAAGCAGAUGCCAAAAUCCCAGCAAACACCAUUCACAGCAUCACACUCAGUGCAUGA